UUAGAUGAAAUUAAAAUUUGCUUUACUCAGUAAUGUAGUGAAUUUCGUUCAGAGAGAUCAGAUUGAGGGUCUUGUAAACUAACAAUUUUUUCGGUCAAUUUGUUGUCUUGCCCCUGUUGUCCUGUGUAUGUGGAGAGAGUUGCUACAGCCGUAUAAAAUGCGAUCACCGGUUACCGUUUUCUUAAAACCAUUCCGCUCAGUUGAGCAAUUGUCCUUACUUUUUCUGAUGACAACGCACAUCUGCUUGGCUAAUGUAAUUCGUUCAAAUGAUCAGACGCCACAAGAACGUCGGAAUAAGAUUCGUGAAAUGACACUUCAUGCUUGGCGAAAUUAUGAAACGUAUGCGUGGGGAAAGAACGAAUUGCGUCCGGUAAGCAGAUUGCCGAAUAGAGGCAGUGUAUUUGGCAACAGUGAAAUUGGGGCUACAAUUGUCGACAGCUUGGAUACAUUGUAUAUCAUGGGCUUGAAUGAGGAAUAUCAAAAGGGGCGGGAUUGGAUUGAAAAGAAUUUUUCAUUUGGAAAUGUGAAUGGCGAUCUGUCUGUAUUCGAGACAAAUAUCCGAUUUGUUGGUGGUUUGUUGUCCAUGUAUGCGUUCACUGGCGAUGAACUAUUUAAAACCAAGGCCCAAGAAGUGGCUGACAAAUUGCUGCCAGCCUUUGAAACGGAUUCAGGCAUUCCAAGGUCGCUUGUUAACAUUCAAACCGGGUACAGUAAAAACUAUAAUUGGGCCAGUGGCAGCAUUUUAUCGGAACUCGGAUCUCUGCAUCUCGAGUUUACCUAUUUGAGUGAUAUCACCGGUAAUCCAAUAUAUCGUGAUCGUGUAGAGAACGUUCGUCAAGUACUAAACGAGGCGACAAAACUCAACGGAUUGUAUCCAAACUUUAUUGAUCCUAUUUCCGGCAGAUGGGGACAACAUCACAUUUCGUUGGGUGCACUGGGGGACAGUUUUUACGAAUACUUGCUGAAAGCGUGGAUUCAAUCCAAUAAAACUGACACGACUGCUCGACAAAUGUAUGACAGUGCAAUGACGGCCAUCAUUGAAAACCAUCUCAUUCAAAUAUCGGCAGGUGGAUUGAUUUAUGCGUCUGAUAUGAAAUAUGGUCGUCUCGACCACAAGAUGGGUCAUUUGGCAUGUUUUGCCGGUGGUAUGUUUGCUCUUGGUGCUAGCACACAAAAUGACGAGAAUAGCGAGAAUCAUAUGAAAAUUGGUGAGGGUAUAACCAACACAUGUCAUGAGAGUUACGUUCGAACAGCCACACACUUGGGACCUGAGGCAUUUAGCUUUGAGAGGAGUUGGGAAGCAAAGUCGAGUGUUGGACAAGACCAGUACUACAUUUUACGGCCGGAAGUAUUCGAAAGCUACUUUAUACUGUGGCGUCUAACACAUGAUCAAAAAUACCGUGAUUGGGGCUGGGAUGCCGUUGAAGCACUUGAGCGGUAUUGCCGAACAUCAGGUGGAUACAGUGGCAUAAGGAACGUGUAUUCACCGUUUCCAGUAAAAGAUGACGUUCAACAAAGUUUCUUCUUGGCUGAGUCGCUUAAGUAUCUAUAUUUGCUAUACUCUGACGAUUCACUGUUAUCGCUCGAUGAAUGGGUGUUUAAUACGUAGGCGCAUCCGCUCCCAGUGAAUGGAUCACUAUGGUACAGACCAUUCCUACGGUCUCAACAAAUGGAUGGGAACUAUUGAACAACCUGGAAAUUAAUUGUCAAAUUGUGGAAUCUAUAGAAACUUAGUAAGUGAAUUCAAUGUU